GUGGUUACGAGUUCGGAGUUCGCAGAGAGGGGGUGCGUACGUGCUUGCGGUCAACGAAAGAAGUUGACUCAAUAACAACACAACCGACCGACCGACCGACGGUGUUGUCUUGUCGCGUAGUGUCAUUGGCAAAAGUGAAAGAAAAAGUGCGUAAUACGAAUGUUACGAGCAUUAUUGUUGCAUUGCUGCCACCAGUCAAGUCGAGUGUGCUGUCCUCAGACCUCUUCUAGUGGUCGCGUGAAGUGCGCGUAUGCGUGUGUGUGUAUGUGUCGAUAAAGAAAUAAAGUGCAAGGAGUAAACGCAAAUAAUCGAUACAAAAAAACGUCAACCAUACGUGAAAAAAGGUGGAGAAAGGGAAAGGCUAACUGUGGUUGCUACGAAUGCGUUGAUCAAAUCACCACCCAGAGGCAUUGCGAAAAUAAAUCACCGCUGCACGUCGAGUUCAUCGAAAAGGAAACAAAAUAUCCCUCCUUUCUUGUUGGUAACCAGCAGACUGUGCAAUCUCAUCACCGUUUUGGUUCACGUUCGAAAAGAAGCUGAAUUGUCGAGUGGUGCUAACUGCUGAGGGCAUCAGCAUCCUUCCCGUUGCCGUUCUAUUAACUGCGGACCGUGGUAAACAUACGAACGUCAUUAUCUUCUUCUCCGGUCGAUAAUCACAGCCCAAUAAGCCCAUCGGUCGUGCUGGGUUUUGUAUGAAGUCCUACUUCGAAAGUGGUCACUAUAGGAUUUGACAUGGCCGGUAAUGGCGAAACAUCGUGGUGCUUUUCACAGAUUAAAGGUGCCCUGGACGAUGAUGUUACCGAAGCCGACAUCAUUUCCUGCGUCGAGUUCAACGACGAUGGCGAACUGCUGGCCACCGGCGAUAAGGGCGGACGUGUUGUCAUCUUUCAGAGGGAUGCUGCUUCAAAAGCGUCGACACCGCGGCGCGGAGAGUACAACGUCUACUCCACCUUUCAGUCGCACGAGCCCGAGUUUGACUACCUAAAAUCGCUAGAGAUCGAGGAGAAGAUCAACAAAAUUCGGUGGCUGAAGCGUAAAAACCAGUCGCACUUUUUGCUCUCCACCAACGACAAAACGAUCAAGUUAUGGAAGGUGUCGGAGCGCGACAAGCGCGUCGAAGGCUACAAUACGCGCGAGGACAAUGGGAGUGUGCGCGAUCCGACCUCCAUCACGGCGCUGCGUGUGCCGUCGAUCAAACCAAUGGACCUGAUGGUAGAAGCGUCACCGCGCCGUAUCUUUGCGAACGCCCAUACCUACCACAUCAACUCGAUCUCGGUGAACUCGGACCAGGUGACGUACCUCUCGGCGGACGACCUGCGGAUCAAUCUGUGGAACCUGGAGGUCACCGACCAGAGCUUCAACGCCGUGGACAUCAAGCCGGCCAACAUGGAGGAGCUGACCGAGGUGAUCACGGCAGCCGAGUUCCACCCGACCCAGUGCAACGUGUUCGUCUAUUCGAGUAGCAAGGGCACGAUUCGGUUAUGUGAUAUGCGCAUAUCGGCACUGUGCGAUCGGCACACGAAGCUCUUCGAGGAGCCGGAAGACGUCGACCUCACGAACAAGAGCUUUUUCCGCGAGAUCAUCAGCUCGAUCAGCGACGUAAAGGUGAGCAACUCGGGCCGCUACAUGAUCUCGCGGGAUUAUCUCAGCAUCAAGGUGUGGGAUCUGCACAUGGAAACGAAGCCCAUAGAAACGUACCCGGUUCACGAAUACCUCCGCACGAAGUUGUGCUCGUUGUACGAGAAUGACUGCAUUUUCGAUAAGUUCGAGUGCUGCUGGAACGGCAACGAUACGGCGAUCAUGACCGGUAGCUACAACAACUUUUUCCGCAUCUUCGAUCGCAACACGAACAAGGACGUGACGCUCGAGGCGUCGCGCGAUAUCAUCAAGCCGAAGACGGUGCUGAAGCCGCGCAAGGUGUGCACCGGUGGCAAGCGGAAAAAGGACGAAAUCAGCGUCGACUGUUUGGCCUUCAACAAGCGGAUCCUGCACACUGCCUGGCACCCGCUCGAGAACAUCAUCGCCGUGGCCGCAACCAAUAAUUUAUUCAUAUUUCAGGAUAAGUUUUAGCUAAUAGUAACGGUAGUAGUGAGUAUAAUUAAUUAUUAUGAUAAUUGUAAUGAUUAUUAUUAUUAUUGAUAGAUUUUCCUGAGGCAGGGCAAACGAAGUAGGGCAAGAAUUAUGGAGCGAGUGAGCAGGGCCGGCAAACGAACGAUUGGGCAGCAUGUGUUGUGUGUGCGAACCGAGGAUAGCGAAUGAACGGAACCGGGGUGUGUGUGGAGACCGGUGGUGGUGGACCGAAAAGCGAGAGGAUCUGUUGAGAGGAGCUGCUGUGAAAAGCUUUACAAUGGCUUCAAACAACGGCUUUACAUCUGAAAACCGAAAGCGGAACCGCGUGUAGAAUCGUAAGAGGAGAUGCGCCAUCCCAAACCUAGCAGAGGAGUAAUAACGCUCACCAUCAGUACAAGCAACAAUCACAAGAAGAAGAUCGAUGGGGUCGCGGAAUGUGCAGAAAUCGCUCAACAAUAUUCGGACUCGGAGUGCAGCAUGCAACCAGUGCGUGGGAAGAUUACUCCAUUCUUUCCACAAACCACAAACAACAUAAUACUAUUAACGUCGCGCUUUGCUGAUGUAGAAGCUUCAGCAGCAGCAACAGAAGAAGCGUCACAGCACUAUGAAUGGCUUAUUUGAACGUUAAUUAUCCGGCACCUGGUGUACUUUGAGCUUGAUUUGAUCGGUUUUGUUCCAUUAUGGUGUACAGUUCAAUCCGCCAAACGAUGAGUGUUAGCUUUUUCGCCGAUCGGUCGAACACGAUCGUGGCACGGCACAGACAGAACCCCCAUCCGCAGCAGCUUCAGCAACCAACAACCAGCCAGUCAGCCAGCUUCGAGUGAAGCUUUAGCGAAAAAGCAUUAUCAUGCGAGAACAAUAAUCGGGACGGACGGGACGGUUGAGUGUGUGUGUGUGCGCAGGACGAAGGCGUUUGCAUGUGGGAACAUAGAAUGGAGUAGAUGAGUGAGCGGGAGAUAGGAUGUUUGAAGUAGAAUUUGAAUGAAAUAGAGGGAGUGCGUUUGUGUGAGUGUGAGAAAAUAGUUACAAAAUAUUAAAAGCAAAAAAAAAUCCAAUUAAAAUAACAGUUACAACAAGGCCAUUUGGGAUUCGUAACUCGUUAUCCUAACGCCUGGUAGUAAGCAGCAGUAUCGGGUCAUAGGAAACAGAGAGAGAGAGGGAAAGAAAGAGCGCAACAGAGAGCAGAGAGCGAGAGAGAGAGCGAGGAUCAAGAUGGAAUUGUAGUAUGGAAAGCAGGGAAAGCUACGCAUCUAGAGCUAAUGCGUGAAAUGUAAAGAGCCAAUAAGAAUAAGUAACAUUUAGCACACAUACUGAAGUUUGGCAGUAAGCUGUACCUUCCGUGUAACGAUGAGACGGUUUGCUUACGUGUCAAGGUGGGUCAGAUGGAGGAACAUGAAUUGCAUGGAAACAUCAUAAAAUUCACGAACGCAAUUGAAAAUUCUCAUAUCCCUACACACAACACGCACGCGCGCGCGUGCACACACAAUAUGUGCCGCUGCAAUAACCAAACAGAACAAAGCUACAAUACCGCGCCAAGGAUGAUUUUGGAACCUCACUUUUUUCCACUUAAGAUUUUUUACAGUCCACAUCUCAUUGGGUUUCCUUUGACCUGGUAUGUAAUCCCAUUGUUCCGGUCCCGCCUCUUGGGCAGAGGAAAGCAAAGCAGGCGGGUGCAUCAAUGCGUGUGUGAAGCAGAUAGUUUUGGUUUUUUUUCGAAAUUCUGCCGUCUUUUAUUUCCGUGUAUGAAAAAGAAAUAGCAGGCUUCUGUAUCAAUUAAGGAAGGGAACGAAAAGUAAUCUAAGAUACGCGAGAGCAGUAAACAGCAUGUUGUUUCAUAAUGAGUCUGUUUUCGGGUAAUCUUUUCUGCAAAUUUUAAUUCUUUAACAUUCGCGACUGUUGUUGACACCGUAAAAGUGGUGCGCCAUGCGAAAUGAUGGGUUUUAAUUUAUACGUUGCCUUGGUAGCUGUACAAUACCGGUUUUCUACAUAGUAUUGAGCAUUGAAUGUUAAAAUGUUUUAAGUUUUCUGUUCUUCGGGGUUCGGAGAACAGAUGUGUUUCGUGUGCCGGUCAGGGAAAUCGAAUCGAAAGCGAAUGUUUGUUUCGUUCCGUAUUACUACGGAACUCAUGUUGCUUUUCUAUUUUGCAUUUAAAAAUAGAUUACGCCAGCGAACGAACAAAGGUAAAGGAGCUACGAAAGAAGGGCGAAACUUACUUACCGUACCUACUUUCGAUGCAUUACAAAGAGUACAUUUAAACAACCAACCGAAUAGAGUUAAAUCAGGUAAGCAAAUUAAAAGUAAAACAAGAGGUAAUCAUACAAAUUACUCAGAACAGAGAGAUUACACAGCCACGCUCGUACAGCCAGCCAGAGGACCGUAAGGGUUUGCAUUUCCAUUGUUGCGUUUUUCCAGUUUUUUUGCCCUUUGGUACCCCCAAAUCUGUGCAACGACAUUGUUAGCACACUUAAGUGCUGCGUGUUCGGAGUGAACAGCCUUUUACAACCAUUCCGUUUGUGCCUUUCCUUUCCAUGUGUAUUUUUUUUUUUAAUUAUCGUUUCCGACAUCCUUCAACAACCCAUCAUACGGCACAGUGUGUUUCAGUUUUCAUCCGUCGUUUUCGCCAUCAAAGGGUUUUCGUUGUUAUUAUUGCAGUGGCCAAAAUUGUAAUGUGUGGUGUGGGAGCUAAAAACAGAAAAGACACUCGAACGCCUUCGAAUCUUCUUGUUAAAUAAUCGUGAAAAUGCAGCGAAUCCGGGGAGGACAGGCUGGUGGAAAAAGGUAACGCGGGGCUAAAUUGCUAGUUGGUAGCAUGUGAUACUCGUGUUUUUGCUCGUGCGCGAUCGAUAAGACUAGAUAACAAUAUAGGAGUUGAAAUCAAUACAUAGAAAAGACGGACGGGCGGAACGGAACGCGGCGCAUUGGAGAGGGACGAGAGAGAGACAGAGGAGCGUGACAGCAGCAGCAGCAGCAAUUGGGCAACAAGGGGAAACAAUUAUGGCUUAGAGGAACACAUACGGAAGACAAGGAAGACGAAAACGAAACAACAAAUGCACAGAAACAAGGGCGCAAGAACGAAGACAGUGGGCAAAUGGAUUGGCAAAGAAGUUAGAGAAGCGAUCAAGAAAAAAGAACAUUCAAGACAGAUGUAGGAGAGAAAAAAAUCAAAUAAAACAAUGAAAU